CGAUCAAUUCUCACUACACCAAACACAUGGCGUCCCGGCCAACCGGCGACCCCGAGUCCCUUGCGACGGCGCAGCAGGCCCCGCUGCUCGGCAAUGCCGACGGACGGACGCGGACGACGACCACCGUCGUGGGAAAGGCUCUGAGUAGCACAGCGGACCUCGCGAAGCACCUCCCCACCGGCGCCGUGCUGGCCUUCGAGUUCCUCUCGCCGACCUUCACUGCCGACGGCACCUGCACGGCCGCCAACCGCGCGCUCACUGGCUGCCUCAUCGGCGCCUGCGCCUUCUCGUGCUUCCUCCUCUGCUUCACCGACAGCUUCCGCGACCAGACGGGCGUCGUGCGUUACGGCUUCAUCACGCCCAGCGACCGCCUGCGCCUCAUCGACGGUGCCGGAGCCGGAGUCGGAGCCUCCCAGCAGGCGCCGCAGGACACGAGGUACCGGCUUGGCGCGCGGGACGUGCUGCACGGGGUACUGUCGUUCGUGGUGUUCCUGGCGGUGGCAAUGGUAGACAGCAACGUGGUGGCUUGCUUCUACCCCGUCGAGUCCGCCACCACCAGGCAGCUGCUUGCCGCGGUGCCCAUGGCGGCCGGAGCGGCGGGGAGCUUCCUCUUCGCUAUGUUCCCCUCCACGCGGCAAGGAAUCGGGUUCCCCGCCGCAGCCACGUUUUGAAUCAAUGUUAUAACUGUUUUAUGUGCGCGUAUCAGUUUGCUUGGAAUGGAGACCUAGAUUGAUUAUAGUUUACACUCGAAUAAGAUUUCUAGUUUUGCCUGCAUUAUUUUAUCGGACAAACAGUUUAUUGUGUUGUUAUAUAUCAAUGAUUUAGAGAUAGGCCACGGCUUCAGGUUUAGUAAAUGAGAUUCAAAGAUAA